CUCGCUCCCCCUGCAUGAGCUGUAAAGAGGGGCUCUUGCUGAGUCAUGGCUUGUUGUUGCCUUGCAUUACUGAAACCAACAGACCUCCAGAUAGUGUGAAUAGAGGGAACGCAAGUGAACCAAUUCCCCUGUCAGCAUGCAGUCUUAGCAAAUAGAUAAGGAAUCCAUUUUUACAGGUGGGGCUGCCCUACAUCGUGAUGAUUGCUGCGGCUUUUUUGGUCUUAUUAAGACCUCUAAGUAUUCAGUGUGUGCUGCUAUUAUUGUUGCUUUUGCUCGGGACUGUCGCCACAAUUCUGUUUCUCUGCUGCCUGCAUCGGAAGCUUCGCAAUGAGAAAAUUCCCAUAAAAUCAGUGCUUACAAGGCGUUCACGGAGUCGCGAAGCUGGUUUUCGAACACAUCACUUUCGAACUGAGGGUUUUCGGCACAGUCCGCGUCAUGCCAAGAGAAGUGCACGAGCCCGCGUGUCAGAAGAGAGGCCACUCAUUGACAUUCCUGAGAGUGACCCAGACUCCACUACUACUGUCAGAAAGCGCAAAGUGAAGAAAAGAGUCCAGCCUGACUUUUAUCACUCAAUUCAAAUAACACCAACUCGCAAACCAAGCUCCGGAUCGGGGAACGCUUCCCUCCGCUGUUCUAUGUCUUCUUCGGCUGAUUUCUCAGACGAAGAUGAUUACAGUCUGAAAUCUGGGUCUGUCUCGCCGGCACCGGGGGACACGUUACCGUGGAAUUUACCCAGACAUGAACGUUCAAAGCGAAAGAUUCAGGGAGGAUCUGUGCUGGAUCCAGCAGAGAGGGCUGUCCUCAGGAUAGCUGAUGAAAGAGACAGAGUACAAAAAAAGACAUUUACCAAAUGGAUCAACCAGCAUCUCUUCAAGGUACGAAAGCAUGUAAAUGACCUAUAUGAGGAUUUACGAGAUGGACAUAACCUGAUUUCACUACUGGAGGUGCUGUCUGGUGACACACUGCCUCGGGAAAAAGGCCGCAUGCGCUUCCACAGGCUCCAGAACGUACAGAUCGCACUGGACUACUUAAAAAGGCGGCAGGUGAAAUUAGUGAACAUCAGAAAUGAUGACAUCACCGAUGGCAACCCAAAGCUUACAUUGGGAUUAAUAUGGACCAUUAUUCUGCACUUUCAGAUAUCAGACAUCCACAUUCCUGGGGAGUCAGAGGACAUGACGGCCAAGGAGAGACUGCUCCUGUGGUCCCAGCAGAUGACUGAGGGUUAUGUUGGUGUCCACUGUGACAAUUUCACUACCUCCUGGAGAGAUGGAAGGCUAUUCAACGCCAUUAUUCACAAAUAUAGGCCUGACCUGGUGGAUAUGAGCAAAGUAUCAACACAGAAUAGCAGAUCAAACCUGGAGCAUGCUUUCAGUGUGGCUGAGCAGCUGGGGGUUGCUCGGCUGCUGGACCCAGAGGAUGUGGAUGUAACAUCUCCGGAUGAGAAGUCAGUCAUUACAUACGUUUCAACAUUAUACGAUGUCUUCCCUAAAGUACCGGAGGGUGUUGAGGGCAUAAAUGCAAAUGACGUCGAUGUUAAAUGGGUAGAGUAUCAGAACAUGGUUAAUUACCUCAGCCAGUGGAUCAAACACAACGUGACUGUCAUGUCCGACAGAAACUUCCCCAGUAAUCCUGUGGAACUUAAGGCACUUUAUUCACAGUACCUGCAUUUCAAGGAGAGAGAAAUCCCACCAAAAGAGACAGAGAAGACCAAAAUUAAGCAUCUUUACAAAAUGCUAGAGGUAUGGAUCGAGUUUGGUCGCAUCCAACUGCCGCAGGGCUACCAUCCAAAUGACGUGGAGAAGGAGUGGGGCAAGCUGAUUGUGGCCAUGCUGGAGCGGGAGAAGAGCCUGAGGCCAGAGGUCGACAGACUUGAAAUGCUGCAGCAAAUAGCAAACAGAGUGCAACGAGACUGCAUGACUGGAGAAGAUAAACUGGCUUUAGUACGGGCAUCUCUGCAGUCUGAUGCAAAGAGGCUAGAAUCUGGGAUCCAGUUUCAGCAUGAGGCAGAGAUUGCGGGAUACCUCCUAGAAAGUGAGAACCUGCUGAGACAGCAAGUUGUGGACAUCCAGAUUCUACUGGAUGGGAAGUUCUACUUGGCUGAUCAGCUUGUUCAAAGAGUAUCUAAGCUUCGUGAUGACCUGCUGACCCUCAGAGCAGAAUGCUCAUCAGUGUACAGCAAGGGGCGCAUACUGACCCAGGAUCAGACCAAGAUGAUGAUCUCUGGCAUCACUCAGAGUUUGAACUCAGGCUUCUCUCAGCACCUGAAUGCAGGCCUGAGUCCGUCUCUCACGCCAGCCCUAACGCCUGGAACCAUGGUCACUCCAGGCAGCACACUUGCCCCAGCCCUAACCCCAGACAUGACCCCAGCCCUGACCCCUGGCUUGCAGCCCAUCUUAGGUGGUGGAGGGGGCAUGGAGCCAGGGGUCCUCCAACACCUAAAACAGGUGCAAAUCCGCAAACCUAUGCUCAAGUCAUCAUUAGUAGACCCCAACUUAUCUGAGGAAGAGGUCAAUAUGAAGUUUGUGCAAGACCUGGUUAACUGGGUGGAAGAGAUGCAGGUACAGCUUGAUCGAGAAGAAUGGGGAUCAGAUCUGCCAAGUGUUGAAUCUCAUUUAGAAAAUCACAGAAAUAUUCACAAAGCCAUUGAGGAUUUCCAGAUGAGCCUUAAGGAAGCGAAAAUUAGUGAGAUUCAGAUGACCCAGCCACUGAAACAGAGUUACUCAGAGAAACUGGGCAAUUUAGAGAACCAGUAUGGUAAACUACUGAACUUUUCUAGAGAGAGACAAAAACACCUGGAAAGCCUACAUGAUUUUGUGUCACGUGCCACCCAGGAGUUAAUUUGGCUUAAUGAAAAAGAGGAAGAGGAGGUGGCCUUUGACUGGAGUGAGCGUAAUGCUAACAUCUCCAGGAAAAAAAACUACCAUGCGGACCUGAUGAGAGAGCUGGAUCAGAAGGAGGGGGUGAUCAAGUCAGUACAAGACCAAGCUGACAGCCUUCUACAACAGAACCACCCAGCCAGGCUUACCAUAGAGGCAUAUAAGGCUGCCAUGCAGACACAGUGGAGCUGGAUCCUGCAGCUCUGCUACUGUGUGGAGCAGCACUUGAAAGACAAUGCUGCUUACUUUGAGUUUUUCAACGAUGCCAAAGAGAGCUUGGACUACCUUAAGAGCCUUCAAGAUUCCAUUAGUAGAAAAUAUGGGUGUGACCGUACAAGUAGUCUGCAUAAGUUGGAGGACCUCAUUCAGGAGUCUAUGGAUGAAAAGGAGCAGCUACUGCAGUACCGCAGCACUGUGGCUGGGGUAGUGGGCCGGGCCAAGUCUGUGUGUCAGCUCAAGCCUCGUAACCCAGAGAGCCCUGUUCGAAUGUCCGUCCCUGUCAAAGCCAUCUGUGACUACUGUCAAAUAGAGAUCACCAUCUACAAGGAUGAUGAGUGUGUGCUGGCCAGUAAUGCUCACAGAGCCAAGUGGAAGGUGAUCAGUCCCUCGGGGAAUGAGGCCAUGGUGCCUUCGGUCUGUUUUAGCGUGCCCCCACCCAAUAAGGAGGCAAUAGACAUGGCCAGCAGGAUUGAGCAGCUGUAUCAGAAUGUUCUAGCACUGUGGCAUCGUUCCCACAUUAACAUGAAGAGUGUGGUGUCCUGGCACUACCUGAUGAUGGACAUCCGGACUAUCCGAAAAAGCACCGUCGCCUCUAUUAAGACCAUGCUGCCAGGUGAACACCAGCAGGUCCUGAGCAGCCUGCAUACUCACUUAGAGGAAUUCCUGGAGGACAGUGAGGAGUCGGAGGUGUUCACCAUGGUAGACUGUACUCAGCUGGAGAGAGAGGUGCUGGCCUCAAAGGAGUACUAUGAGGAGCUGCUGAAGUCUGCGGAGAGAGAGGAACAUGAGGAAUCAGUCUACAACCUCUUUAUAUCAGAGGUGCGUAACUUUCGCAUGUGUGUGGAGGCCCAUGAGGAGCAGCUGAUACGGCAGGUCCGCACCCCUCUGGCCCGGGAUGACCUGCAGGCCAGCAUUCAGCGCAUUGCCGAGCAGGAGAGGAAAAAGGCAGAAUUAGACCGGUUGAAGGAGGAUCUGGAGGUGCUAAAGGAGAAGUGUGAAGUUUUCCUCAGGCAGGCUGCCAACUCUCCUGCCAUGCCUACCCUCUCCUCUGAACUCAACAUUCUCACUCAGAGCAUGAAUCAGGUCUACUCGAUGUGCUCCAUCUACCUGGAGAAGUUGAAGACGGUGAGUUUGGUGGUGAAACACAGUCAGAGUGCUGAGGCUCUGGUUAAGCUCUAUGAGGCUAAGCUCUGUGAGGAAGAUGCAGUCCAUGCUGACAUCAAGUCCAUUGAUGCAGUUAUGAGCACUCUCAAGCGAUGGAGAUCUGAAAUAGAUGAAAAGCGAGAAGUAUUCCACGAUCUGGAGGAUGAGCUGCAGAAAGCCAGAGUCAUUAGUGACCGUAUGUUCAAAACACACAAUGAGAGGGAUUUCGAUCUUGACUGGCACAAGGAGAAGGCAGAGCAGCUUGGAGAGAGAUGGCGUAACAUCCACUCUCAAAUUGAAAACAGACUUCGGGACCUGGAAGGCAUUAGCAAAUCUCUGAAGUACUACAAGGAUACAUACAGUAGCCUUGACGAGUGGAGCAAAGAGAUGGAGGCCAACCAGCUGAAAACACAGGAGAACCAGCCAGAGGACAGCAAGGCUUUGGCUGAGUUACUCAACCAACAGAAAGUACUUGUUGGAGAAAUAGAACGUAAGCACAGUAAGAUUGAUGAAUGCCAGAAGUAUGCAGAGCAGUAUGCAGCUGGAGUAAAAGACUAUGAGCUGCAAUUGAUGACCUACAGGGCCAUGGUAGACUCUCAGCACAAGUCCCCUGUUAAAAGGAGGAGGAUGCAGAGCUCAUCAGAUGCUAUCCAACAGGAGUUUAUGGACCUCCGUACUCGAUACACAGCACUGGUUACACUUAUGACACAGUAUGUGAAGUUUGCAAGUGAAACUCUAAAGAGAGCAGAAGAAGAUGAGAAGUCUGUUGAAGAAGAGAAGAAAGAACAUUGUGAUAAAGUUAACAAGUUAUUGAAUUGGAUGGCCAGUGUGAAAACAAAUCUGAACAAAGAUGGAAAAGCUCUAAGUGAUGAUAAAUCCACCACAGAGAGCUCUAAUAAGCCUCAGAUUCCAGUGGAAGAUGUUCUGACAAAGAAGGAACAAAUUGCAGAAGCAAUAAGAAGUACUCAGUUGAUGCUAACAAAGCACAGUGACAAGAUGACUGAAGAGGAAAAGCAUGAAACAAAAGAACAGCUAAAAUCUCUCCAUCAGGCUUACAGUGAACUCUCUAAGCUGAGUGGCGAUCAGAUGACACCUGCUGAACAGGAGUUCCAAGUCAUUGAGGGGAUUCUAGAUGUGAGAAAUGGAGCAGUCCUGUCUGUGUGUCGCUCAGUGCAGAAUGGUCUCAUUGACCAAAGCACGGGGCUCAGUCUCCUAGAGGCCCAGCUCAUAACAUCUGAUCUCAUCUUACCUGAACUUCGCAUGUGUCUGGACCUGGAUGAUGCAUUUAAGCACAACCUUGUGGAAGAACCCAUGUAUAAACAACUGCACAACUUGAAUAAAGCCAACAAGCUCAUUCAGGAUCCACGUUACACAUCUGAACCCUUACCAGUGGUAGCAGCACUGAAAGAUGGGGUUAUUUCUGAACAUGUGGCCAUAAAGGUUAUUGAGAUCCAGCUAGCAACUGGUGGUUUAAGACUCACGUACACUGGAGACAGCUUAAGCCUAGAAAAAGCCUUCCAAUUUGGCCUGAUCCCCCACUCUCUCUAUAUACAAGUACUGGAAAGGCAGAAUACCUGGAAGGAUUUGAUUGACCCGAACACAGCUGAAAAGGUCUCUCUUAUCCAGCUUGUGCAGAGAAGCAUUGUACAUGAAGAGACAGGGCUCUGCCUGUUAGCAGUGAAGUCUGGUAAAGAUGGAACCAUAUCUUUAACAUCUGGGAGAGAUGUUAGUAUCCUGAGGGCCAUGCAUGAAGGUCUAAUUGAUCGAGAAACUGCGCUUCGGCUGCUAAGCGCACAGCUGUUUGCAGGAGGCAUAGCUGACCCUAAAACAAACCAUAAACUCACAGUUGAAGAAGCACUAUCUGAAGGCCUUAUUGAUCAGGACACAGCUAUUGGAAUUCUAAGCCACCAAGUCAAAAAUGGAGGCAUUGUAAACCCUCACAAAGGCGAUAGGCUAACAGUUGAUGAAGCUGUCCAGUGUAAUUUGAUGAGCUCCCAAAGUGCUCUGUUAGUUCUAGAGAGACAGAAGGUUUUUAUGGGCCUCCUUUGGCCUCAUUCAGGAGAAAUCCUCACCAUCUCAACAUCUCUGCAGCAUGAAAUUAUUACUGAUAAAAUAGCUUCUGAACUGCUAUGCAACCGGCAUAACAUAGCAGGCUUUUACAUACCAGAAAACUCAAAGGUAGUUGAUAUUGACUCUGCUGCACAAGAUGGUUUGAUAGAUACUUGCACAAAGGAGUUGCUGAAAACGAUAGAGAUACCAGACAUGUUCCCUGAUGAAGUCAAUGAUAGAUUUUCUAACUGGUUAGUUAUAUGUAAGCUUCAAACUGAAGGCUCUCAUAGAUUCAGUGAAAAAAUGGAAGUUGAUGAAAACAGCAUAAAUACCUUUGAAGCAAAGCAAUUAUUCAUCUCCUAUCUAAUGAAGAAUAGUUAUAUGGACCCAAAGUCAGGCCAGAGGCUUUUAAUUUUUGACAGGAAAUUAAAUAAAAUGGCUAAAGUUCUGCUGGAAAUGCCAGGAGUACAAGAUCUUAAUGGCCCUUCAAAUGUUAAAAUUCAUGAUUAUUUUCUGGACAAGAAUAUUCUUGAAGAUGUACAUGAGUGUCUUAUUUCACACACUGGUGAUAUGGAAAAACAAGAAGAGAGUGAUCCACAGGUCUCUACAGAGUGUGCUGAUGUGCAUAAACAUUGUAUAAUAUCUUCAACAACUGAAUCUGGCAAUGUUACCUCAAAUGAAAUAGAGUCAAGUGAAAUAUUUUACACUUCCAUAGAUGAUAAGGCUUCAGUCAUCGAGACUGGAUCAAAUAAAAAUACUCUAGAGGAAAGUAUGUUUAAAUCCUCUAAGUACCACGCAAAUUAUGUUGUUAAUGCACUGGCUCAGCCUUCUUUAGCAAAGCAGAUUUUAGAACCAUUUUGUUCUGAAUCUGCUACUGAAACAAGCCUGCACCAGGAUCAUGUGGAUCACACAGGGAAAGCAGACCAGACUGAAGACAAAUACCACACCAACUGGUGUGUAAUGUUCAGUGAAAAACCUGAAAGCAUUGAGAUGCCAUCUGAAUAUCCACAUUCUAAAGUUUUGUGGAAAAACCCCAAGGAAAGAACCGAUACCAUCCAUCUUCUGAAAACCCAAUUAGGAGAGGGAAGAAUUUUAGAUGUCACAUCUGCAAAACGAUAUGAUCUUAAAGAUGAUGUUAAAAAGGGCCUUAUUGAUGAAGAGAUUGCAUUAGACGUGCUCACACUUAAGCGUCAACAGCAAGGGGUAGAAGGAAACAAGUCAGUCAGUAUGUCAGUACAAGCCAUGUCGCAAAACUCCAUAUCAUCUGAGGAAGCCUUACAGAUAAGGGUGCAGCAGAACAUGGUGGGUGAUUUCUAUGAUUCAGAAAAAAAUAUCAGCAUUAGUAAGGCUUGGGAGCUGGGUCUAAUUACUGAUGUCAUUGGCUGCAGUGUCCUUGAUUCUGAGCUAGUCCAGAAGGCAAUCAUUGAUCCAGAAGGAAAGCAUGUCUGCAGUGUCUCUGAUACCCAGCUUUUGCACAUGCUGAAAGAUGAGAAAGAGAUGGAAGUUGAGAAUCUGUUACAAAAAGAGCAUGAUAAAGAUAUAGACAUUCUCAUGGUUGACAUCGCUGAUGAGAAGCUUGGGAAAAAAUGGCAAAAUACUGAAACUGCACUAAAAACAAUAGCGGAAGCCACUUCUUUAUCAGAAAACACAAAACAACCAGCCAGUAGUCUACACUCUUCAUUCUCUUUAAAGACAGUUAGUGAUAUCCCUUCAAAGACAAUCGCAUCUAUUAGUAUUGACUCAGUGACAGAGAAUAGCAUUGACCAAAUUGUCCAUACUCAUGGUUCACAGGAUUUCCAGAAUCUGGAUCUUGAAAAUUCUUUGGAUACCAAAUAUGAAACACAUAGAAAUUCCACAACAUUUGGGAAAGUGAUGCAUAAAGAAAAUGAGAAUAAUGCAUUUUCUUUGAAUGUUGCCACAGGUGCAUCAUGUAGAGUUCCUUUAGUUAGUGUUAGAGAUGUUGUAUAUGGUGGGGAGGCAUCAAACAGGAUGGAAACCCCUGUUCAGAGUGAUUCUGGCAUAUCUUGUUCUUCACAAAGUGACAUUUAUUCUUAUGAAAGGAAGUCAGAGAUUUCAACAAACAUGGGUCAGCAGCACUAUGUAUUGUAUGAGUCACAGCAAACAAGAAGUACAUCUGUAAAAGAAGGAUGUUUUGAUGGCUUAAAUACAUUAAAUACAACAGGCCAUGAAGAUAUCAAAACACUAAUGGAUCUUCAGCCAUCAUUAUCUUCACGUGCUUUAUUUUCUGAAUCAUCAGAGCAAAGAACUGAAGAGAAAAUUAUUCUGGGUGCUUUUUCAAGUGGAAAUAAACAUCAGGAAGUGAAUGUAUUGUCCCAGUCAUCAAACCUUUUCAAGUAUGGUCAAACAAAUUCGAACAAAGAAGAAUCUGAUCAGUGUAAAGUUGAAGAAAGCAGUAUGAAUAUAGAAGAUCCUGCAUAUGACUGCAAGCUAGAAAUAGUUGAGAACCCAGAAACCUCUAACGCAGAGUCCAAAUCCUGUUACAUUGGUGCAAGUGUUGACAGUAACACAUGGCAUGAUUGUGGUAUUGCUGCCGAUGUCAAUACCUCUGUAUCUGUGGGUAUGUCACAGACUUGCUCCCAAGAUGCUACAAAAACAAUAUCAUCUUUGAAGUUUCUGCCAGAUGUGACACUUAGUGAUUCUAAAUUAAGUGGAGAUUCCCAUAAUGGGAAGCAAGCUGGGUUACCUAACCACUUUGACACCCAAACCACAGAGAUAUCUGAGAGAGGUACUGACUCCAGAAUUAAAAAAUCUUAUUCUUCCAAUGGCAAUAACAUAUAUAAUAUGACAACCUCACAGAGACACUCAGAUAAAAUCAUAGAAGCAUCAAUCAUUACCCCUUUUUACCAAGUGGAAGAGCAAGCAUCAAAAUCUGCUAAUUUACAGUCUGUGUUUCCAAAUUCAUCAGAUAAAGCCCUCCUGGAUUUUAUUGUAUCCCAAGACACAGAAAAUGCUGAACACCCACACAGUGGAGAUGAUUUAUGUAUUAUGCCUUCAAGAACACAAAAGGAAAUAACAUUUUCAGCCUUAAACAGUCAUUUAAGGACUUCUUUAAAUGAGCUGGUCAAGACUGAGACAGAUGGGACUGAUAUCAGUGAGAUUAGGAAAAAACAAAGUCCAACCAUUGACAAAAUUGCAAAGACCAUGCAGCACAUGUCACUAUCUGUUGCCACUCAAGGUGCCUUAAAUACCAGUAAUGUACCACAAGAUCUUGUAGAAAGCAGAGAUCCAGAUCUAAGCCAGGGAGGCAACACACCUGAGGAAAUUAACCCAAGGGUGAGAGAGCUGAGUGAAAAACAAGAACAGUGCCUAUUCAAUGGAAGAGGCUAUGGUCUUAAACCUCCAGCAUUCAUGCAUUCACAGAUUCUGGAGGUGAUAAAGGGGAAAUCUGUGGGUAAAGAUCCAGAAAUUCUAAAAGAAAUGUGUGGGAGCAUAAGUACGCUGGUGAAACGUACUGCUGAGGGAGAUGAAGACCUACGUAUGGAAAUCAUCGAAAAUCAGGGACAAAUUGUUGCUGGUAAAGAAGGUGAAGAUGUCUUUCAAGUAGCUUUGUCUGAUCAACAGCCACCUGAGACAAAUGUCUUAAUCACAGAGGAUGUGAAGGAGAUUGAAGUCAGACCUAAAAUAUAUUCCACCCAGCUUUACUUGGAAUGUGUUGGCAAACUCCAGGACCAUUAUGAUACUCUUGAGGAUAUCAGGAACACCCUGCUGACCCAACAUACUUUGACUAAUGGCACUGAGAGUUUACAAUGUCAGCUAGAAGAUUCUCAGUUAUUGGAGGCACAGCUUGCUGCUUUUCCUGGCAAGUUAGCCUCAGAUAUGGAGCUAGCUGAGCAGCUUCUCAAAUCUGAUAAUGAACUAAUCCCCAUGCAAAUCCAACAAGAUUUGGAUGCAGUCUUUGUAGAUUUGCAAAACACUUUCGCAAAUGUUUGCCAGUUAUCAUCUGAGAGAAGUAAUGCAAUUCUUCUGGCCAUUGACACUGUAAAGAGCAAUUUGGAGUACACAUAUCAAGAUUUCCUCAGCUCCCUUGAUAAGAUGUCAUCUUACAUUGAAGAUAAUUAUGGGAUGGUAUGUAAACUUGACAUCAUGAACACUGAUGACCUGGAGACAGUUAAAUACAGGAUUCAGCAAAAUAAGGACCUAGAGAAGAACUUAUCUGGAACUAGACAGCAUCUGGAGGGUAUAGCUUUUGACAUCCAGUACUUCAUAUCUGAGAACACACAGUUUCUGAGUCCAGCCCAGAACAGGCAACUACUGAAGUCUCUCAGUGCCACUCAGAGGAAGUUUAAGGAACUGAUGGAGCGAGUGUUUACUCAGAGGCACAUAUUGGACCUCCACUUGGACAUCCGUGAAGAUGAGAGUCGGCAGCAGGUCUGGAUGAUGCAUCUCAGUGAGAUUGAACACCACAAAAACCCGUUGCUUAAUCACAGCCUAAAAACCUACUUUUUGAUCAUGUUCGCAUUUUCCAGGCUCCAAGAAACCAUUGAGCUCUUACUCCAGAAGACCAAACUUUGCACUGUGCAUCUACUUUGGAAUGCUUUCCAACAAUCGGCUAUGGACAAGCAGAAGGAGUUUGUAGCCAAGCUGCAGGAGCUCUGUGAUGACCUAACGCAGACUGAGAAUCAUCUCAUUGGUCACCAGCAGCAAGCCAGCAGUGCGGGGAAGAGUCUAGGAGACCUCCAACAGUACCAACAAGAGCACCAGGCUUUGCAGAAGGAUAUCCAGGCUAAUGUAAGUGCCUUGAAUGAAGUCAUCAGUGGCACUAAGAAGUUCCUGGAGGAGAAUCUGUGCAAACUUACACCAGAACAGAUUGUUGCUAUUGAGCUCAAGUUGGAAGAGGCUAAAAGCAAGGCUAAUAUGCUUAACGAGAGAGCUGAAGAAACAAGGAAGGAUCUGGAAAAAGUUGUCACUACUGCUAUCAGACAGGAGACUGAAAAGGUUGCAGCAGUGGAGCAGCUUGAAGAGAGCAAAAACAAGAUUGAGGUUCUCUUAGACUGGAUAUCCAACAUUGGGAAAGAGAGAGAGAUGGGAGAAAUGCAAAAGGACCAGUUGACCAAACAGAAUAGAAACAUACAAGCAGACACCCCAGAAAAAAUAAUAAUUGGACAGGAAGAAGAUCCUAAUGGGAAUGCAAUGGACACCACAGACAAUAGCCCAGAGUUUACUGGUGAAAGUAAAGACAGCAAAGGACUGGAUCUUGACCAGCAGUAUGACAGGGUUAAGGCUCACCACCAGGAAAUCCUUUCCCAGCAGCAGGACCUGAUUAUUGCCACCCAGUCAGCCCAAGCUCUUCUGGAUAAGCAGGCAGAGGUACUAUCUCCUUCAGAGAAAGAGAAGCUCCAGAGAGACAUCCAGGAGCUGAGGGGGCGCUACGAGGCCUCACUUGCCCAGGCUGAGCAGCAGGUGAAGCAGGUUCAGAGCAUACAGGAGGAGCUGCACAAAUUCCAGGGUGACUACAAUGAGUUCGAUGUCUGGCUCCAGCAAGCUCUGGAGAAGUUGGAGGAGCUGGGUCUCCAGCAGGGCACUUGGAUGUACUGCAAGAUAAGCUCCAGAAACAGAAGAGCUUUUAUGAGGAUUGUGAUCUCCCACAAGGGCGACUUGCGCUUCAUUACCAUCUCAGGCCAGAAGGUGUUGGAUGUGGCUGAGGCCUGCAGAGGUAGACACCUUGGAAUGUGUGCUGCAGUGAAGGAGAAGUUGGACUCGACUGCUGCUCGUUACAAAGACCUGCACAUGCAGUGCAACCUGCUUGGAAACAAUCUCAAAACUGUAGUUGAGAAGUACAAGAAGUAUGACGAUACUACUCGGGGCCUCUUGACAUGGCUCAAUAAUUCUGAAGAGGAAGCCAUAAGACAACAAUCUGAGCCUAUCAUGGCAGAACCCCAGACACUCCAGAGACAACUUGAAGAGACCAAGGCUCUUCAAGGACAGACUGCUGGCCGGCAAGCUGCUGUGGAGACACUACGCAAAACCGCGGAUGCUCUCAUUGCCACAGAAGGAGACCUGCUGUCCAACAAGGAUGACAUUCAGGAAGCAGUGGAUGACAUUGUGGAAAGGUAUGAUAACUUGUCCAAAUCAGUGAGUGACCGUAAUGAGAAGCUACAGGUGACACUGACACGCUCGCUGAGCGUGCAGGAUGGUCUGGAUGAGAUGAUGAACUGGAUGGGGAAGGUGGAGGAAAGACUUGGAGAGGAAGCACAAGUGCCCCUAGACUCAGCCAUGAUCGCAGAUGCACUCAGCAAAGUGACAGCUCUGGAGCAGGACAUGUGCAGCAGGCAGAGCAGCAUACUGGCGAUGAAGGCCAAGGUGGAGAAGUUUGUGGAGACAGCUGAGCCGGCUGCUGCUGCUCUGCUCCAGGCCAAGAUGAAGGGUCUGUCCCAGCGAUUUUCAGAUGCCUAUGAGAAGCAUGGGCUGAAGAUCUUGCAGAUGGAGCAGCUGAAGGAGAAGGUGGAGCAGUUCGAGAAGACAUCUGAGAAGGUGCAGCAGUUUGUGAUGAAGCGCACUCAAGCCCUCUCUGAGACCAACGGACCUGGCAAAAAUGUAAACGAGCUCUCCCAGCUUGUGCAGGACACAAAUGCAGAGUUGGCUGAACAUGCAAAAGACAUGGAAACACUGCAGACACUGUCAGAUGAGCUUUCUAGCUUAGGUCCAGAAGGAAACAAAACUGUGAUUCAGGGCAAGAUGGCCAACCUGUCUAACAUGUUCAAUGCUUUUAAAGACACAGUUCAAGAAAAAGAGGAAGAGGUUUCCUCUUGCCAGGACCAGCUGGGCGAGUUCAAAGCAGCUGCAGGGGUGCUAAUGAAAUGGCUGGAGGAGACAAAAGAACAAGUGCCUGUGGUUCAGCCCAACUGCAGUGAACAGAGCCUGGGAAAGGACUUGCAGAAAGUCAAUGGAUUGCUGGAAGAAUGGGCUGCUAAAGCUUCUGCUGUCCAAGACAUAAAUAGCAAAGGGUCUGCACUGUGUAGCCUAAUCAGUGUUUUGACAUCCCCAGGCAAAGCCAAAAUGCAUCACAAAUCAGGACUAGGAUCAGUAGUCACUAAUGGCUCAGGUCCAGGAGACCACGCCUAUCUGAUAAACAAAGAGCUGAUGCAGGUGCAGCAGAACAUGUUAUGUGUGGGCGAGAGCUACAGGAACCUGGGGGAACUGCUGAAGACCAGGUCCUCUGAGCUAAAUGCCCAGCUGCUGAAGGUACAAGGGGCCCAUGAUGAAGCAGAGUCCAUGCUGCAGUGGCUAGAGAACAUGAAGAAGACGGCAACUUCCUGGAGCUCUGAGCCCAUGGGAAAAGAAUCAGUUAAAACACAAAUGGAACAGCAGAAGUCUUAUGAAGAAAAUAUGAAACAAAAAGAGCAGCAACACCAGCAGCUGAGGGAGAAGUUACUCCACCUGAUAGAGGAAAACCCAGAUUCACCUGAGGCAGCUAAGUGGAAGCACAUGCUGGAUCAGAUAGAUGCGGGAUGGAAGGAGGUCAGGGGAUCUGUGGAGAACCGAAAGCAGCACCUGGAGGAGUCAUCCCGCAUGCUGGAGCUCUUCCAAACAACCCAGCUGCAGCUGUUCCAGUGGCUGCAAGAGAAAGAACUGAUGAUGAGUGUCCUGGGGCCCCUGUCUAUGGAGCCCAACAUGCUCAACACUCAGAAGCAGCAGGUUGAGAUUUUACUGAAAGAGUUUGAAAGCCGCAAACCUCAAUAUGAACAGCUGAAUGAGGCAGCUCCGGCCAUCACUAGUUCAUCAGGACAGCAGGACCCUGCAGUAGAGGGGGUGAAAGACCAGCUGGCUGCUAUCACCCAGAAGUGGCAGAGUCUGACAGCUCAGCUGUCUCAGCGCAGUGUCCUCAUAGAGCAAGCUGUGGAUAAGAUCACACAGUUCUUAGAACUCCUCCACAGCCUGGGUGACAGUGUGGUAAACCUGGAAUCUCAGCUCAAUGGACAGCAAGCCUUGAGCACACAUCCUGAUGUAGUGAAGAAACAGCUGGAAGCAACUUAUGCCAUCGAGGCUCAGCUGUGUGAGGAGAAAAAGAGGCUGAAAGAGGCAGAAGGUCUCUGCUCUGAGCUUUCGGCACUGGUGACUGAAGAGUAUCUCAGAGCCAACCUUAAAAAGCAGCUGGAAAAUGUCUCCAAACCAUUCAAACUGCUUGAAGACAAAGCAGGAAAGCGAAUUCAUCAGCUCAACUCUACCUUUGCUAGCUCUCUGCAAUUCCAUCAAACAUCUAAAGACUUUCAGGCUUGGAUAGAACAGAAGUUGCAGGAUCAGGCUGGGCUUCAGACCAUCUCAGCAAAGGUGGAUAUUCUGAGUCAAAGCUUGAAGGAGCACAGUGCUGUUCAGAGGGCCUUGAGUGAACAUGAGGAACCUUACAGCACCAUUAUAAAAGAGGGAGAGACACUCCUUCAGAGCACAGAGGGAGCAGAAAAGCUGGCCCUCCAAGGACAACUCUCAGCCCUCAAGUCCAACUGGGAAGAGGUAAAAAGGGGUGCUGUGGAUAGAGCAGAGAAGCUCAACACAGCUAUAGAUAGGGCCCAGAAAUACAAGGAGCAUGCAGAAAGUUUGAGCAAAUGGCUGCAGGACUAUGUAGGCAGGGAGAACAUGGUAAAGUUCAGUGUGAACCCUGCAGAAGUUGAGAACUGCAUCUCACAGGUCAAGGCCAUACAGAAGGAUUUGGACAAACGCAGAGCUCAGAUGGAGCUGUUGAACACAGCUGCUGACAGCCUUAUGGAAGUGGCCACAGCAGAUGUGGAUGCUGUAAAAGAAGAAAAGAUGGUUAUUGGGCAGAACAUUGAGAACUUGACUGAAGAUUUGCAGCUCAAGAAAGAAUCACUGGAGAAGCUUUCACAGAGGCUGAAGGAGUUUACUGAUACACACAAAGAGCUCAAAAGCCAACUUGAGGAUGCAAAGAGGCAGCUGGAAUGCCACACUGACCUUGGUGUCCAGGCUUAUAGUAAUAAAAACUUAACCAACAUGAAAGCCCAGCAGAAAAGCUUAGAGAAUGUCCAGACACAAAUUGAGCACCUUAAAAGUCUAGCUCAUGUUUUGGUAGUAGAUGUACCAGAAGCUGAGGGAGUGACAGAUGUCCUCCUUCAGGCAGACAGCUUAGAGAAGGAGCAUAGAACCAUCAGCAAAGCAACUGAAGACACCUGUUCCAUGCUGGAGAACAAACUUAAGGGCAUUGGCCAAUUCCAGAACACCAUUCGGGAGAUGUUCACAAGCUUUACAGACCUGGAUGAUGAGCUAGAUAGUAUGGCCUCAAUGGGCCGAGACAUAGACACCCUGCGAGAUCAACAAGGCAACAUGCAAAGUUUUGUGACUAAACUCCAAGAUCUAAUGACCAAUACAUUGAGUGCCAGAGACACCUGCAAGAAAAUGCUAGAGUCAGAGACCUCACCAGAUCUACUCGGCCUAAAGAGAGACUUGGAAGCACUGAGCAAGCAGAGUGGCAAGCUGAUGGAUCGGGCCAAUAGGAGGAAGGAGCAGGUUGAGGACAUGCUUAAACAUCUGGAGGAGUUCUACAACAAGCUACAUACAUUCAAACAAAGCAUGGUUGUUGCAGAAGAACACGAGGAAUCCCUAGGACCUGUUGGCAUGGAGACAGAGGUCAUUAACCAACAGCUAGAAACUUUCAAGGUUUUCCAGAAAGAUACCAUUGAGUCACUACAAACUCAACUACAAGAGCUAAACUCGCUAGGCCAGGGCCUUAUUCAGAAUGCUCCCAAAGGGACUGUUAUUAAGGGCCUUGAACAUGACUUGGAUGAGGUCAACAACAAAUGGAACACCAUCAACAAAAAGGUAGCAGAACGCUCAGCACAGCUGCAUGAAGCUCUGCUGCACUGUGGUAGGUUCCAAGAUGCUCUCGAGUCCCUGCUCAGCUGGCUUACAGACACAGAAGAGCUGGUGGCCAGCCAGAAACCUCCAUCAGCAGAGUUCAAAGUUGUCAAAGCACAGAUACAAGAACAGAGACUCUUGCAGAGACUGCUGGAUGACCGCAGGCCAACGGUGGAGCUUAUUAAGAAGGAGGGGGGGAAGGUGACAGAGCUGGCUGACUCUGUGGAUAAGGAAAAGAUUGGAAAGGAGAUUGAGUGCCUGGGGGAGAGGUGGGAUGCUCUGCUGAAAAAAGCGGAGAGCAGACGAAAGCAGCUGGAGAAUAUUUUGGUGGUGGCCCAGCAGUUCCAUGAGACACUGGAGCCACUAGUCGAGUGGCUCACUGCUACAGAGAAAUGUCUAGCCAACUCAGAACCCAUAGGCACCCAGACAUCUAAACUGGAAGAGCAGAUUUCUCAAAAUAAGACCUUAGAGGAGGAAAUUAUCAGCCAUAGUAAGAGCUUGUACCAAGUGAUGAGUCUGGGCCAGGAGCUGCGGACGGUCAGCUGCAUGGAUGAUAAAGAACUGGUCCAGGCCAAAUUGGACAGCACUCAGAGCAGCUACAUCAAGCUGCAGGAGUGCUGCUGUAGGAAGGCUGAGUUGCUGCAGCAGGCUCUGUCCAAUGCUCAACUCUUUGGGGAGGACGAAGUGGCUCUCAUGAACUGGCUUGAUGAGAUCCACGGCAGGCUGAGUGAAGUCAUGGUCCAAGACUAUGCACCAGCCAUGUUGGCAAAACAGCACGCCAAGCAACUGGUUCUUCAUGAAGAUAUUGUGUUAAGAAAACAGAGUGUUGACCAGGCAUUGCAGAAUGGAAUAGAGCUGUUGAAACAGACCACAGGUGAUGAAGUUGUCACCAUUCAGGGCAAACUGGAUGGAAUAAAGACAAGAUAUGCUGAGAUUACUACAAUGAGCAACAAUGUGCUGAAGACCCUGGACAAGGUCCUGUCUCUGGCUACGAGUCUACAACAUACACACGAGGAGCUGAAUUCCUGGCUGGAGAAGGUGGAGUCUGAGCUGGCUGUGUUCAGAACUCAGGAACAAGUGGGAGAACAGCUCACUCAAGUGCAAGUGAAGCAAAAUGCGCUACUGAAGGAGGUUCAGGAGUGCAGGCCAGUGGUGGACAUGCUAAAUGAAGUGAGCAGUGCCUUGCUGGAGCUGGUGCCAUGGCGUGCCCGAGAAGGUCUGGACAAAUUGGUCACUGAUGACAAUGAGCGCUAUAGGUCUGCUAGUGAGGCCAUUGCCAGGCAUGUCAACCAGACUGGAGCUGCCAUCUUGAAAUCACAGCAGUUUAAGCAGGCAGCAGACACUGAGCUGGCCUGGCUGACUGAGGCAGAGAGGAAGCUUACAUCCCUAGGGGACAUCAAGCUGGAGCCAGAGCAGACUGUAGAUCAGCUACAGGCUCAGAAGGGUUUCUCCAUGGAUAUUAUGAGACACAAAGACGCUGUGGAUGAUAUCACGAAGACUGGAGAUGCAAUCAUGAGCAGUAAAGAUGAAGCAGAGAAACAGGCUCUAAAGGCUAAGGUUCAGGCCCUCCUGGAGAAGUACAACGUUGUGAGUCACUUGAAUUCAGAGCGCUGUCUGCAGCUGGAGAGGGCCCACUCUCUGGUCUGCCAGUUCUGGGAGACCUAUGAAGAGCUGUGGCCAUGGCUGCAUGAGACCCAGGCUAACUUCACCCAGCUCCCUCAGCCAGCCAUUGAGUAUGAGACUCUCAGACAGCAACAAGAGGAACUGCGGCAACUGAGGGAGCUGAUUGCGGAGCACAAGCCACACAUUGACAAGAUGAACAAAACUGGCCCUCAGCUGGUGGGGUUAAGUCCAGUGGAGGGGGAGAAGAUAAGGGAAACCUACCAGGCCACAGACAAAUUAUAUGCACAGCUAAAAGCAGAUGUUAAGCAGAGAGCUACAGCCCUCGAUGAGGCCAUUUCCAAAUCUACCCAGUUCCAUGAUAAAAUUGACCCCAUGCUGGAGUCCCUGGUGCGAAUAGCAGAGCGUUUGCGCCAGCCCCCCUCCAUCUCUGUUGAAGUGGAGAAGAUCCGUGAUCAGAUUUCUGAGAACAAAGCUGUGAACAUGGACUUGGAGAAACUGCAGCCCUCAUAUGAAACUCUGAAGCAGCGAGGGGAAGAGAUGAUCACUCGCUCAGAGGGAGCAGACAAAGACCUGUCUGCCAAAGCUGUGCAAGACAAACUGGACCAGAUGGUAUUUGUCUGGAAUGACAUACAUGCCCUUCUGGAGGAGAGGGAGGCAAAACUCCUAGACGUGAUGGACCUGGCUGAGAAGUUCUGGUGUGACCACUGUGCACUCAUUGUCACCAUCAAGGAAACACAGGACCUCCUGAAAGAGUUGGAAGAGCCUGGAGUUGAUCCUUCGGUGGUCAAACAGCAACAAGAGUCUGUAGAGGGGUACAGAGAGGAGAUUGAUGGUCUUCAGGAAGAGGUGAAUGUGGUCCAGAAUCUAGGAGCAGAGCUUAUGACAGCUUGCGGAGAACCAGACAAACCAGUGAUCAAGAAGAGCAUUGAUGAGGUGAACUUGGCAUGGGAGACUUUAAAUAAGACAUGGAAAGAGCGAGUUGAGAGACUGGAGGAAGCCAUGCAGACUGCUGUUCAGUUCCAGGAUGGACUUCAGGGCAUGUUUGACUGGGUGGAUAUUUUGGAGAGUAAACUGGAUUCAAUGUCACCUGUGGGCACAGAUCUGGAGACUGUGAAACAGCAGAUUGAGGAGCUCAAGGAGUUCAAAGGCGAGGCUUACCAACUUCAGAUUGAAAUGGAGAGGCUGAACCAUCAGGCAGGACUGCUGCUGAAGAAAGUGUUAGAUGAAGCAGACCGCAUUGCCAUCCAAGAACCCAUGAAUGAGCUCAAAAUGCUCUGGGACAACUUGGAUGAGAAGGUCAUCAACCGACAGCACAAGCUGGAGAGUGCCUUGUUGGCUUUAGGGCAGUUCCAGCAUGCUCUAGAUGAGCUUUUGGCCUGGCUGACCCAUACUGAAGACCUGCUAAGUGAACAGAAAAAAACCAGCGGGGACCCCAAAGCCAUAGAGAUAGAGCUUGCCAAACACCAUGUGUUGCAGAAUGAUGUCCUUGCACAUAAGAGCACGGUGGAGGCAGUGAACAAGGCAGGCGGUGAUCUGAUCGAGUCCAGCGCAGGUGAGGAGGCCUCCGGCCUGCAGAGCAAGCUGGAAAAUCUCAGCCAGCGCUGGAAGAGGAUUCUGGAAAAGACUGAGCAGAGGAGGCAGCUUCUGGACAGUGCCUUGCUCCAGGCCCAAGGUUUCCAUGGUGAGAUUGAAGAUAUGCAGCACUGGCUAAAAGACACAGAACGUCAGCUGUUAGCAUCAAAGGCAGUUGGGGGCCUACCAGACACGGCCCGCGAGCAGCUUAACACCCAUCUGGAGCUAUGUACUGCAAUGGAGGUGAAGGAGGAGGUCUACCAGCAGCUUCUUCACCGAGGACAGCAGCUGGUAUCCUUGAUGCCGGAGAGCCAGGACAGCACCACUGAGCUGGACCUCCGCAACCUGCAGGACAAGUGGGAGUGCGUGCAGGCCAAAGUGGCCGAGAGGAAGGUGAAACUGGAGGAAGCAUUAGCAAUGGCCACAGAUUUCCAUAACUCGCUGCAGGAUUUCAUUAACUGGCUUACACAAGCCGAGCAAACCCUCACCAUGGUCUCUCCAGCCUCCCUCAUCCUGGAGACCAUCUUGUUCCAGAUUGAUGAACAUAAGGUCUUUGUGACUGAGGUGAAUGCACACCGGGACCAAAUCAUCGAGCUGGAUAAGACGGGCACCCAUCUGAAGUACUUCAGCCAGAAGCAGGAUGUAGUGCUGAUUAAGAACCUGCUCAUAAGUGUGCAAAGCCGCUGGGAAAAAGUGGUGCAGCGCUCGGUGGAGCGAGGACGCCUGCUGGAUGACGCUAGAAAACGUGCCAAACAGUUCCAUGAAAGCUGGACCAAGCUGAUGGAGUGGCUGGAGGAGUCGGAGAGGGCUCUGGAUUUAGAGCAGGAGAUUGCUAAUGAUCCUGACAAGAUCAAAAUGCAGCUAGGGCAGCACAAGGAAUUCCAGAAGGCUCUGGGUGGUAAACAUUCUGUGUACGAUACUACCAGCCGCACGGGCAGAGCCCUAAAGGACAAGACCUCCCUUCAGGAUGACAACCAGAAACUGGACGACAUGCUCUGUGAGCUCAGAGACAAAUGGGACACCGUGUGUGGCAAAUCUGUAGAGAGGCAGAACAAACUGGAGGAGGCUCUGUUGUUCUCAGGCCAGUUCACAGAUGCUCUGCAGGCUCUGAUUGACUGGCUUUACAAGGUAGAACCUCAGCUGGCAGAGGAUCAACCAGUGCAUGGAGAUAUAGACCUGGUGCUCAACCUCAUUGACAACCAUAAGGUGUUUCAAAAGGAGCUAGGAAAGAGGACAAGCUCAGUGCAGGCCCUGAAGCGUUCAGCCCGGGAGCUUAUUGAGAACAGCCAUGACGACUCCUCCUGGGUUAAAGUUCAAAUGCAGGAGCUAAGCACACGCUGGGAGACUGUGUGUGCUCUCUCAGUGUCCAAGCAGACACGGCUGGAGCAAGCCCUCUGCCAGGCUGAAGAGUUCCACUCCACUGUUCACAUUCUGCUAGAGUGGCUGGCUGAAGCAGAGCAGAGCCUCCGUUUCCAUGGUUCCCUGCCCGAUGAUGAGGAAGCCCUCCGAAACCUCAUCGAACAGCACAAAGAGUUCAUGAAGAAGCUGGAGGAGAAGAGAGUGGCUCUGGGUAAAGCCAUCAGCAUGGGUGAAGCCAUCUUAGCCAUCUGUCACCCGGACUCUAUCACCACCAUCAAACACUGGAAUACGAUCAUUAAAGCACGCUUCGAGGAGGUCACAGCUUGGGUGCGGCAGCAUCAACAAAGGUUAUCCACUGCCCUGAGCGAGCUUCUAGCCAAUCAGGAGCUGCUGGAGAGUCUGCUGAGCUGGCUGCAGUGGGCCGAGACUACACUGACAGAGAAAGACAAGGAUCUUCUUCCACAGGAGAUAGAGAAAGUCAAAGUGCUCAUCACUGAGCAUCAGACCUUCAUGGAGGAGAUGACCAGGAAACAACCAGAUGUGGACAAAGUUACUAAGACCCAUAAAAGAAAGGCAACAGCUGAACCACCAGUUCAGUCUCAGAUUCCUGUGCUGGACAAAGGAAGAGCAGGCCGAAAGAGGUCACCGACCCAGGCCAUGUAUCCACCAGCUGCCCAGCCUCAAAUCGAGACUAAGAACCCAAGAGUCAAUCUGUUGGUCAGUAAGUGGCAGCAGGUCUGGCUUCUGGCCCUGGACAGGAGAAGAAAACUUAAUGAUGCUCUGGACCGACUGGAGGAGCUGAAAGAGUUUGCCAACUUUGACUUUGAUGUAUGGAGAAAGCGCUAUAUGCGAUGGAUGAACCACAAGAAGUCACGAGUUAUGGACUUUUUCCGCCGUAUUGAUAAAGAUCAGGAUGGCAAGGUCACCAGACAAGAGUUCAUUGAAGGCAUUCUUUCUUCAAAGUUCCCCACCAGUCGACUGGAGAUGAGUGCUGUAGCGGACAUUUUUGAUCGUGAUGGCGAUGGUUACAUUGACUACUAUGAGUUUGUGGCUGCUUUGCACCCCAACAAAGAUGCCUACAAACCGCUCACUGAUGCUGACAAGAUUGAAGAUGAGGUGACUCGCCAAGUGGCAAAGUGCAAGUGUCCUAAACGUUUCCAGGUGGAGCAAAUUGGUGCCAACAAAUACCGGUUCUACCUUGGAAACCAGUUCGGAGACUCCCAACAGCUGAGGCUGGUGCGGAUCCUGCGCAGUACAGUCAUGGUGCGAGUGGGAGGUGGCUGGAUGGCCCUGGACGAGUUCCUUGUGAAGAAUGAUCCGUGUAGAGCUAAAGGUAGGACCAACAUAGAACUGCGUGAGAAGUUCAUCCUUCCAGAAGGCACUACUCAGGUGAUGGCCAGUUUCCGCUACCGAGGCCGAAGGUCAAGGCCCUCGUCAAGGGGCGCCUCCCCGAACAGGUCGAACUCCAGCCACAGCUGUCCUUCACAACCAAACCCAGCCUCAACUUCUACACCCAAAACUCCCCAACAUUUAACCCGCAAUUAUGAUAAACCCUGGCUGACAAACAGCAAAUCAGCUACUCCUAUAAAAUCAACUGACUCCUUUGAGAGCCAAGGUUCAUCCACUGAGAGUACACCUAUCCAAGGCAGCAAGCUCCGGCUGCCUGGCUAUUUGUCAGGAAAAGGUUUCCAGUCUGGAGAUGAUGGGACCCUGAUAAAUGCUGCUGUUUUGAAGGCCAGAGGGCAGGCCACUGGGCCUGGUAAGAUUCCAAGUAGGCCUGGCAGCAAAGCAGGUAGCCGUGGGAGCAGUCGCCGCGGAAGUGACGCCUCUGACUUCGACAUCUCCGAUAUUCAGUCCGUCUGCUCAGACAUGUCAGAGGCAGUGACAGACUCAGGGAGGCCAAUUCCCCGUGCGACCUCCCGACAGCCUGGGGGCAAACCCUCCAAAAUCCCCACGCCCCAGAGGAGGAGCACACCCACCAGCAAACUGGCCAAGACCACAAAAAGAUAGUCAGCAGCCUGGCCUUGAGAACCGGGAGGACCAGCGUAGACUUCCACAGCACUGUGCUGGAACACACUGGACUUAGACUGGGCACUCACAGACACUAAAGACUGCAAAACAUCAUUAUUUAAAAACAAAACAGUAUAGCAAGAUGUAAAUUAUUCUGUGGAGAAUUGUGGGGGAAAGAUGCAGGAUUAAUGUUUGAGUGUGAGUGGAAUGUCAUGGUUUCUUGUACUUGUCCUGUAAUUUUUUUUUCUGUGAAUAAUGUUGCGUCAGAGUAUUAUUUUUAUUUUAUCGCUGCUGGAACUGGAGAGGUUAUCACCAGUGGGAAAAAAUUAAUUGAACUAACAAUUUACCAUAUUGAUUGGCUGAGCUGAUAGAGAAGCUGAAUGUACUGUAAUCUCCUCAAGAUGACAUGCUUGCGAGCAAUGAUAUACCGCUGUAAUCUGCUGGUUCACCACAAACUAUUUAUUCAUCUAUUUAAAGUCCAGUGAUGUGCUCCUGAUAAUACAUUUUAAAAGGCGAUGCAAUUCUUACAAUUGUAACCACAGCAACAGCUCCUCUUAAAACAUUACAGCAAACUUUGGUCAACCUUCGAACAGUCCAUCAUAAUCCACCUGCUGCAUUUGAAAGUAACAUUUAAGUUCUUCAGCUACUAGCAUUGUGUACCAUUUAUCCUUGACAAGAACCCUCCAAGGUUCUGACUAGUAAAUAUUCUGAAGUGUAGUCAUGUUUGUGUACUGUAUGGUUCUGUUUUUGCCUGAGUGACAAUGGACUACUCACAACAUUUUUUGUAAUAAAUCUGCUUGCAGAAAGCUAUGAUGGCAUAUAAAAUCCAAGCGACUUCAUCUGUCAUCAUCUGUUCAGCAUGUUUAAAAUGUC